UUGCUCCUCCUCCUCUAAACUAUAACCAGUCUUGGGUAGCUGGAAAGAGACAGGCAGAAGCCAGCCACCUGCAUGUGCUCCACUCACUACAGCACCUGGAUUAAGAGGAGGACUCCGACACCACACAAUGACAGAGGUCACUGGAACCUUGGUUUUUGCUGUUCUCACUGCCGUGCUGGGUUCCUUCCAGUUUGGAUAUGACGCUGGUGUUAUGAAUGCCCCUCAACAGGUAAUAAUAGCCCAUUAUAGAUAUGUUUUGGAGGGUCCACUGGACGACCAAAAAGGUAUCAACAACGAUGCUUUUGACAGUACAGAGGGACUGCCUACGAAUCCACACUUCCUAACUGCAACACCAACCCCAUGGGCUGAAGAAGAGUCGCCAUCUUCUGGCCUCAUCACUAUGUACUGGUCCCUGUCUGUGUCCAUGUUUGCAGUUGGUGGAAUGAUCGCGUCAUUCUUUGGAGGAUGGCUAGGGGACCAGAUUGGAAGAAUCAAAGGCAUGAUGGUAGCAAACAUUCUCUCACUAGCUGGAGCACUCUUGAUGGGGUUUUCAAAAUUGGGACCUUCUCACAUUCUAAUAAUUUCAGGAAGAGCUAUGGCAGGACUGUACUGUGGCUUAAUCUCAGGCUUGGUUCCAAUGUACAUUGGCGAAAUUGCACCACCCUCACUCAGGGGUGCUAUUGGCUCUCUUCACCAGCUGGCCAUUGUCACGGGCAUUCUUGUUAGUCAGAUUGUUGGCCUUGACUUCAUCCUGGGCAAUGACAAGCUCUGGCACAUUCUGCUUGGUCUGUCUGCUGUGCGAGUUAUCCUGCAGUCUGUGAUGCUCUUCUUCUGUCCAGAAAGCCCCAAAUACCUUUACAUCAAGUUGGAUGAGGAAAACAAAGCAAAACAAAGCUUGAAAAGACUCAAAGGCAGUGCUGAUGUUACCAAAUAUAUCACUGAGAUGAGAAAAGAAAGGGAAGAAGCCUCGAGUGAACAGAAAGUCUCCAUAAUUCAGCUCUUCACCAAUUCCAGCUACCGACAGCCUACUCUGGUGGGAUUGAUGUUGCACUUCGCUCAGCAGUUUUCUGGAAUCAAUGGGAUCUUCUACUACUCAACCAGCAUUUUUCAGACAGCUGGAGUUGGCCAGCCAGUUUACGCAACCAUUGGCAUGGGUGCCAUCAACACAGUUUUCACUGCUCUCUCUGUAUUCCUCGUGGAGAAGGCGGGGCGACGCUCUCUGUUUCUCACUGGAAUGAGCGGGAUGUGUGUCUGCGCCAUCUUCAUGUCCGUGGGGCUUGUGCUGCUGGAUAAAUUUACUUGGAUGAGUUACGUGGCCAUGGUAGCCAUCUUCCUCUUUGUCAGUUUCUUUGAAAUCGGGCCAGGCCCCAUCCCCUGGUUCAUGGUGGCUGAAUUCUUCAGUCAAGGACCACGCUCUGCGGCUCUAGCCAUAACUGCAUUCAGCAACUGGACCUGCAAUUUCAUUAUAGCUCUGAGUUUCCCAUACAUUGCGGACUUCUGUGGGUCUUAUGUGUUUUUCAUCUUCGCUGGAUUGCUCUUGGCCUUCACUCUGUUUAUAUUUUUCAAAGUUCCAGAGACCAAAGGAAAGUCCUUUGAGGAAAUCUCAGCUGAAUUCCAAAAGAAGAGUGGUUCAGCCAAAACACCGAAAGCAGCCACAGAAAUGAAAUUCCUUGGAGCUGUGGAGACUGAGUAAAGAUAACCUGCUUGUUGGCAUGAGCAGAAAAAGGAAGAAAGCUACAUGAUUUUAAAUGACAGUUCUUUGAGAAUUUUAUAUCUAUAUUUUAAAGUAUUGUUUUAUUUUUUUAAAGGAGCUUUUAAGGGCUCUGAUCAGAAAUGUCAUCAAAUAUUACCAAAGAAAGUACUUUUUUAAAAAAGUUACAGAAUCUAUUUUUGAUAGUAAAAAUCUGUAAUUAAGUAAACCUUAAAGUCUAGCUCAGUUCAUCACACUAAAAGGGCAAGGACAUUCUAAAAUGUUACCAGUUCUAUUCCUUAAAACAAGGUUCUGCUGAAAUGGAAGCUGUUUCUCUGGAUUCUAGUACAUAGAAACCUGAAGCUACAACUAUUAAUAUUUACAUAUUUGAAUCUAGGUUGGAAUUUUCUUACCCACAGACCUCAUACUAAAGGAGAUACAGCUAGUGGCAGUGAAGGUUCACUGUAAAACUGAUAACAUUUUCACUUCCCUCAUUCAGUGUCUUCUUGUGCAUUAGAAUUUGCAUUUUGAUUAAAUUUUUUCCCUAAAUUUUCAUGUGGGAGGCUUUAGUGAGUAUAUUAAAAUGUGUUUGUAAAGAAAGCCUUUUAUUUUUGGCAGGCUUACCAAAAUCUUUUUGUAUUUGGAAAAAACAAGGAAACAACAUUUUAGCUGGUGACCAAAGAGGUUUUUUUAUAUUAAACAAUUAAAAAGUUUAAUAGUUAAAAUAAACAUCUAUUAUAAGCCCCUCUUAAGCCCUGGCUGGUAUGGCUCAGUGGAUUGAGUGCUGGACUGUGAACCAAAGGGCUACUGGUUCGAUUCCCAGUCAGGGCACACGCCUGGGUUGCAGGCCAGGACCCCAGAAGGGGGUGCGCGAGAGGCAACCAUACAUUGAUUUUUUUUCUCCCCCUCUCUCCUUCCCUUCCCCUGUCUCUAAAGAUAAAAAAUUAAAUCUUAAACAAAAAUAAACUCCUGUUAAGCCAAUUUCUUGUCAGUUCCAUCCUAUGAGAUAUGUUUUAUUUUGCUUUUUAAUUAAGCACAGCCUGGUUUUCUGAGCUGUGUUGUCAAUGUCAAGCAAGACAUUUUGUAUAUCUCUUCAAACCCCAAUAAGUUAAAGCAGUCUAGCUUAAGAAAUCUCAAGUAAAAAAGCUGCUGUUUGUUAAAAAAGCAAUACAUUUUUUGUAUCAUUAUGGUUCUAAAUAGCUUUAAAAGGUAGGAUUGGAGAAUUCCCGAGGGUGGGCUCCUGAAACUUUAUGAAUCUUCAACUUCAGACUUGAUCAAAAUCCCUGUUUAAUUUUCCUAGGAAGACUGAGUUCCCUAACGCAAAACAAUCAUCCCCUUUGAUGUUUCCAUCUUCGCCUCAGCUGUACAGGGAUGCUAUCCAGCAGUCCUGUUGCAAUUGCUGACAUUUAUUGUGUACUCCCUAUGUGCGAGGCACCAUUCUAAAUGCUUUACAUACGUAGGCAAGUUGAAAACACACAGAUGAUUAAAUAGACUUUUGCUUACAGUCAAUUAUGCAACUAUGGAAAUAUAGUUCUGAUGGAUACCAAAGGCUUAGGUCCUGCUAAAGCAUCUUCAGGUUGUUUUUCUCACCAAAUGGAGCACAUUUGAAUCAAUCCUUUUUAUGUUUGCUGUAACAUGCAUAGAAACACUCAACACUUGCUUGUGUGUUGUUGCUGCUUACUUUUAUGUAAUUUGGUAGUCCAAAUAGUGAAAUUAGUUCUUUUCACUUGGACUGAUUUUUAUUUCCUUUGGACGAAUUUUGGAUAAACUAUGUUCACUUAGGACUUCAAGACAGAGUGAAAUUUAAUAGUUCAGAAGAACUUUGUGCUAAACUGUGAACUCUUGGUGGGUUAGAUGAGGGGCAUGUAAGGGGCUCUGAAUAGUGAAGCAGGCAAAUGGUUCUUGUGUACCUCUUGUCAUCUGGAUGCUGAUGGCCUUUGACAAGCCCAGCGGUGCAACAAUAAAGAAAUUUAACGUUUUUAUAAUAAAUGUGAUUUAAUCAAAUCACUACUCCUCAUCUCAUUAGCUAAGAUAAUAAAAAAGUAAAGGUUUAAUAAAGAGCCCGAAAGACCCCUUUAAGUUCUAAUUCCUUUGAUAGACCCACAAAUACCACAAAUUUAGACCCUGAAAUUUGGUUUUCCUCCAUAAUUUCUUUUGCAGAGACACAAAUGAGGUGCACAAAUGUGAAAUUAGAAGCUGUAAACCCUUUAUAUUAGGACAAAAGAACUAGCUAAACAGUAACAACUCCUAGGUCUUCAAUGGUAUACAGCACAAUAAAUAAUACAACUGGCACUAAUUAAUAAGAUUUAAUCUCAGGGAAAUUAGAUGUGAGUUUGAACACAUUUUUCAUAGUACUCUAUCAUUUUUGUGGAAGUGUUUUCAUACUCUAAUGAUCUUACGAAUAUGAUGCUUCUCUUUGCUUGUUCGAAGCAUGACUGUACUUUUUGCUCUGUUUAUCCAUCUGCCGCAUCUGGCUGGUGCCCACUGCCAUGGCGUAAAUGCCAGGGUCUUCUCUGCUGAGACACAGGAAGAGAACGCCUCCCCCUCAAGGAGCUCACAGUCUAAUAAAUUGGAGUUCAGGAAGACCAGGAUACAAAUGUUUCUGUCUGUGUCUUUUGCUUUCCAUGAACUUCAAGCUAGAGGCUUCUCUUAUAAAGUGGGUCCAAUAACAUUACCUACCUCUGGGAAUUGUUGUGAGGACUGAAUGUAAAGUGCUAAGCAGAGUGUCUGGUAUCCAAUGUGUGACCUAGAAUUAGUAUUGACAAAGAUACUGGUAGGAUGCAGGACUAUCAUGUCUAUAAGGUAGUCCCAAAUUCAUAAUUCAAGAUAAUCCUCUCCCACACUUCAAGCAACCAUCUCACAAAGACAAGGAAAACUAAAAACCA